AUGGUGCUAGGAAUGGAAUAUGUGUCCUCCAAGGCAGCUCGGCGCAUGAAAGGCAGGAGCCUGGGCUUCUCGCUGUCGGAUGCAACGGCAAGCCCAGCCGUUAUGGCCAAGUUCAAGAAAACCAAGGGCAAUGCAGAGUUCCUUGUCGUGAAGAUCCACCUGGCGCCCGAUGCCGAGCAGAAGCAUGGGGUCUUCGCUAACGGGCUUUUGGAGUUCGGGAAUCCCAUUCGGCUCCGACGAACAUUGAUAUCCAAGGGCGAAAAGGUGAUCACAGGGAAGAGCAUCCACCUCGAUCACGACGUGUUCCAGGAGAUCGGACUUAGGAACGCAGAGGUGCAGGCGAAGAGCAUCACGAACGUGGAGGCCGAGAACAAGGACGCUGUCGCUGUCGAAGAGGUCUGGGAGGUCCCGGGAUCGGCAGGGGCAGGCAUCACAGUGUGUGUUCUAGAGCGAAACAGCACCACCUGGCCGCCAGCAGACUGGACAGAGGCCCUCGACAACGCAUUCGCCUACUGCAACAAGAACACGAAGCCAGAAGGAAGAGCAAUGUUUCCCACCCUCCAAAGAUUCGAUGUCGCCGCCGGAACUCCAGAGGCGACUUUGGUCAUGUUCACAACGCCUUUGCAGGCGUUAUCCUACCGGUACUACAAGAACGGUGCAACCAGCGGCAAGCUCUGGGUCUUCACACUUCCCACGGAAGCCCUGGCAUCGGGGAAGACUGGAACAGGUGCCGACCUAGGGCACGUGCAGAACGACUCGACCUUCUUGGGCGCCUACUGGACGCUGUCGGGACCAAAGGCGAAGGUCGGCUCCUUCCUGGCCCAGUGCCGCGCCGUUGUCGAGGACCAUGAGCUGAUCGUUGUCGGAAACGACUUCAGGACUAAGGAAGCCGUCAUCAAGGAGGCAGAGAACGCGAGGAAGAAGCGUUGGAACGACGACAUUGAGAAGGACAUCGAAUCUCUGAAAAAGUUGAAGCAGGAGUCCAGCUUGCCAUGA